UUCGGACACUUGGCCUCAGUCGGUGCCCAGGAACGGAGCAGGUGACGUCGAGGAUCCUGACGGAGGCGACGUAGGAGUUCGAAGUGAGAGGAGAGUGAGUUAGGAAGGUUUACAUGACACAGUUCAAGUGAUUGCGAAGAAAUGGGAUCUUUUUGAGCUAACAGGAGAGGGAGAAUAAUCUUGCAAGUGAAGAUAGUGAGAUUGCGCAAGAUUUGGGGAGCGAGAUUUCCCAAAGACCAAAAGUGACGCCCACAUUUGCGAAGAGACAGAUAGUGGAAUAUUAAGGUUAAAGAAAGAAAGAAAAAUCCACGACUCUCACGCCCGCCGCCCACGACUCUCACGCCCGCCGCCCGCGACUCUCACGCCCGCCGCCCACCGCGAAGAUGCUGUCCGUCCUGAGCAUGAUGGAAUCCGGACACCUGGCCACCCGCUCUCCAAGGCCGAGCUCAGGAAGAGCAACAAGCCUAUCAUGGAGAAGAGGAGGAGGGCGAGGAUUAACACUUGUCUCAACGAGCUCAAGUCCCUUAUCUUGGACGCCAUGAAGAAAGAUGUCCUCACCAAGUUCCGCGGGGGCUUCGCCGAGUGCGCGCAGGAGGUCACCAGGUACGUGUCGAGGAUCGAGGGCGUGGACAGCGGCGUCCGGCAGCGCCUCCUGCAGCACCUGGGCCAGUGCGUGUCGGGCCUCUCCGCCAUGACGCCGCUCUCCUUCACCGCCAUGGCCGGCCUCCCCAUGCCCUUGACGCACCUCCAGGGGGGCGGCCUCCCCUCCUCCCCCCACCCCGGCCUUCAGCAAAGCCCCGGGGACGUCAACAACAACCAGGCGCGGCUCCUGCACAGCCUGGUGGCCGCGCGCCUCGCCGCUGCCGGAGACGCCGCAGGUGCGGCCUUCCUCCUACAGGGCGGCCUGUCCCUCCUGGCCCGAGCUGCCCCCCACGCCCCUCCUCCCUCCAGCCAGCCCCCUCCGUCGGCGCCGUCGCAGGCCCCUCCGUCGGCCCCUCCGCCGCCGCCUCAGCCCCAGCCGGUGCCGCAGCCCUCCGUCGUCAAGGUGAACGAGGGCGCCUCCUCCUCCGGCGACGCCCCGCGCGCCCGUCCGCCUUCACCGCCGUGCGUCGAGGCUCCUCCCCGCCGCGGGCGCCGCUGGACCUCCACCCGCGCCCUCAGGACCCGCUGCAGACCGGCACUCCACAAGCGGUGCUGACGCCCACCGCCAGGAGGCUGGUGGGCGUGGCGGACGCCCGCCCCGAGACCGUCGUGCACGCCCAGGUGGCCGUCCAGCCCGUGAACCUGGCGCUGGCCGAGCCGCGGGACGCCGACGCGCGCGCGCCGCUCGACUUCUCCU